AGUGAUCCUCCUGUACCAGCUUCCCAGGUGCUGGGAUUACAGAGGCCAAAUCUGGCUCUUAAAAACAUCUAAGGGAACCUGUAUCAACUGCUACCGCAGAAGCCUGCUGCUCACCCUGAGGGAGGCAGAAUGGGGCCCCCUGCAGGUGCCCUUCUGUCACUGCUGCUGCUCUUGACCUCUGCAGGUUGUGUGGCUCAGCCCUGCAGUGAGGGCAGGACCUAUUCCAAUGCCAUCAUCUCCCCGGACCUGGAGACCAUCAGAAUCAUGCCUGUGCCUCAGACCUUCUCAGUGGGGGACUGCACGGCUGCCUGCUGCGACCUGCCCAGCUGUGACUUGGCCUGGUGGUUCGAGGGGCACUGCCACCUGGUGAGCUGCCCGCAGAAGGAGAGCUGCGUGCCCAAGAGGACGGGGCCCAUCCGCUCCUACCUCACCUUUGUGCUGCGGCCCCCAGCCCAGAGGCCGGCGCAGCUGCUGGACUACGGGGAGAUGAUGCUGAGCAAGGGUGUGCCGUUGGGAGCCUGGGGGGACUCCCCUGAGGACCCCCACAAGGAUCUGCCCUUUCUUGGCAGAGGUGGGGGCCUGGAGGGGCCUGCAGACUACACCGAUGAUGACUACAGAGGGCUGGAGCCGGGCCUCCUGCCCACCAGACUGCCCAGCCUCAGGGGGGAUGCCCAGGACUCUGGCUGGGGUGCAGGUGACACCAACACCUCCUUAGGGGAUGGCCCCUCAGCCUCGGCAUCUGUGGGGGACCACCCAGCAUCCACGGAGGACAGUCCCUUGGCCUCGGUAUCUGCAGGGGACCAGCCAGCACCCACAGGGGACGGCCCAGCAUUUGCGGGGGACAGUGCCUCAGCCUCAGAAUCUGUGGGGGACCGCCUGGGAUCACCUAGGGACAGUCCCAAGGCAUCUGCAUCCCCAGUGGAUGGUCCAGUGGCCUCAGGAUCCACAGAAGAGAGGCCACAGGACCCUGAGCUCAGUCCUCACACCCCACAGCGCCCCACGCUGAGCGAGGCUGCUUGGCCCACCGCCUCCAUACCCUCUCCGUUCUCCUCUGCAGCUGCUCUGUCCACAUCCCCUGGACAGGCCCCAGACAAAGACGAGGCUUCUCAGCCCCAGGCACCAUCCCUCAGCAGCCCUGGGGCACAGGUUCUGAUGCCUUCUCAAAGUCCUCCUGACAGCCUGGAGUUCACCCCAGCCAUGGUGGAGAAAAGCUCAAUUCUCACCGUCACCGAGUGGAGCCCAGGGCUCAGCACCCCAACACUUCCCACCGUCACUGACUCCCCUGGGGGCUCCCCUUCUGAGCACUCUGUAUCUCCCAAGACAGCCCAGUUGCUGUUGGUGUCUGCUGGAGAUAACCUCUUUCUCACCUUACCCCAUGACUCCGUGGAGCUGAAGGCGUUGGUUGUGCCAGCGCCCCCUGCAGAUACAACCUACAACUAUGAAUGGAGCUUGAUAAGCCACCCUGUGGACUACCAAGAUGAACUCAAGCCAAGAAACACACAGACUCUUCACCUGUCUCGUUUGUCAGCAGGAGUUUAUGCCUUCAAAGUCACCGUUUCUAGUGACAACGCCUUUGGAGAAGGAUUUGUCAACGUCACUGUUAAGCCCGCUGGAAGAGACAACCUGCCACCCGUAGCUGUUGUUUAUCCACAAGCACAAGAGCUCACUCUGCCUUUGACGUUGGCCCUCCUCGACGGCAGCCAAAGUACAGAUGAUACUGAAAUAGUGAGCUACCACUGGGAAGAAGUUAGCGGGCCCUUCUUAGAAGAGAAGACCUCUGCUGAUUCCCCCGUCUUAUACUUGUCUCACCUCGUUCCUGGUAACUAUACUUUCAGGUUGACUGUUGCAGACUCAGAUGGGGCCACUAGCUCCACGACUGCCACCCUGAUAGUCAACAGUGCUGUGGACCAUCCGCCCGUUGCCAAUGCAGGAUCAAAUCAGACCAUCACUUUGCCCCAAAAUGCCAUCACCUUGAACGGGAACCAGAGCAGUGAUGAUCACCAGAUUGUGCUCUAUGAGUGGUCCCUGGGCCCUGGCAGUGAGAGCAAAGAGGUGGCCAUGCAGGGAGCGGGGACCCCGUACCUGCACGUGUCUGCAAUGCAGGAAGGGGAAUACACGUUUCAGCUGAUGGUGACAGAUUCUUCAGGACAGCAGUCCACGGCGGAGGUCGCCGUGAUUGUGCAGCCUGAAGACAACAGGCCUCCCGUGGCUGUGGCCGGCCCUGAUAAGGAACUGGUCUUCCCAGUGGACAGUGCUAUCCUGGAUGGGAGCAGGAGCAGCGACGACCACGGCAUUGUCUUCUACCACUGGGAGCACGUCAGAGGCCCCAGCGCAGUGCAGAUGGCAAACGGAGACACGGCAGUAGCCACAGUGACUGGCCUCCAGGUGGGUACCCACCACUUCCGGUUAACAGUGAAGGACCAGCAGGGACUGAGUAGCAUGUCCACCCUGACCGUGGCCGUGAAGAAGGAAAAUAAUAGUCCUCCCAGAGCCCAGGCUGGUGGCAGACAUGUUCUUGUGCUUCCAAAUAACUCCAUUACUUUGGAUGGUUCAAGGUCUACUGAUGACCAAGGAAUCGCGUCCUAUCUGUGGAUCCGGGAUGGCCAGAGUCCGGCCGCAGGAGAUGUCAUCGGUGGCUCUGACCACAGUGUGGCCCUGCAGCUCGCAAAUCUGGUGGAGGGUGUCUAUACUUUCCGCCUGCGAGUGACCGACACGCAGGGUGCCUCGGACACGGGCACCGCCACUGUGGAGGUGCGGCCAGACCCCAACAAGGGCGGCCUGGUGGAGCUCAUCCUGCAGGUGGGCGCCGGGCAGCUGACGGAGCAGCAGAAGGACACCCUGGUGCGGCAGCUGGCCACGCUGCUGGGCGUGCUGGACUCGGACAUUAGGGUGCAGAAGAUCCAGGCUCACUCGGAUCUGAGCACGGCGAUUGUGUUUUAUGUCCAGAGCGGGCCGCCUUUCAAGGUGCUCAAGGCUGCCCAGGUGGCCCGGAACCUGCACAGGCGCCUCACAGAGGAGAAGGCCAACUUCCUGCUUUUCAAGGUCUUGAGGAUUGACACAGCAGGCUGUCUUCUCACGUGUUCUGGCCAUGGCCACUGUGACCCCAUCACCAAGCGCUGCGUGUGCGCCCCACUGUGGAUGGAGAACCCCGUACAGCGUUACCUGUGGGACGAGGAGAGCAACUGUGAGUGGAGCGUCCUCUACGUGGCGGUGCUGGCUUCUGCUCUGGCGGUGCUCCUGGGAGGCAUAGCCUGGUUUUGCAUCUGCUGCUGCAAGAGGUACCUGGCAAGAAAAAGGAUUAAAAUAAGGAAAAAAACCAAGUACACCAUCCUGGAUAACAUGGAUGAGCAGGAAAGAAUGGAACUGAGGCCCAAGUACGGUCUUAAACAUUGCAGCACAGAGCACAACUCCAGCCUGAUGGUGUCUGAGUCAGAGUUUGACAGCGACCAGGACACCAUCUUCAGCCGAGAACGGAUGGAGCAAGGCGACGCCCAGGGUUCCAUGAACGACCCGGUUGGGAACGGCACCUCCUUCAGCUACUGCUCAAAGGACAGAUAAUGGUGCAGCACUGAAGCAGCAGACCCCGCUCUGUGGCGGGCCACCCGCAACACUAGCUCCGGGCAGCAUCGUUUGCUGCCCCUCCCACAGGGCGGGGUGUGUGCCCCUGUGGAGUGCAAGACUGGUUUCUUGGAGUUUUCAAUAGAAGAAGAAACAAAAUACUGCUCUUUGAACUGGAAUGCUUGUUCGUAGGAACAAAGGCUGGGUAAAACUCCUAAGGUGUAUACUCAUAAGGGUUUUGUAAAUUUGUAGCUGGUGCCCUUUCAUAUUGCUCAUGUUAAAAUAAAGACGAACACUUGUUUCUCUACCUAGACCCUUAGGGAAGAUGUCGGGACAGCUGGUCACCCUCGGUAGCUGCAGUCACCUUCAAGGACAGCUGGCCGAGCAAGGCUUCUCCAGCCGGACCUGCAGCCGGACGGCUGGGUGUGAUGUCUUCCCUCUGGGUGGCUGAGCCGUCUGUGUGCUGAGCUCGACA